UUCGAAGUAAAAUAUAACGUCCCGCCAUUAGAGAGUAGAGAGCUGCUGGUCUAGUAAUAAAGAAAGAAACUCGCUUCCAGAUAUGCCCCUCCAACCCUAGAAGAACCCAACCCACACUGACCCAGAUCUUCUACCCUCUUCCAUUUCUACUCAGGGGCUUCAGAGAAGACCGGAAUCGGAAUCGGAAUCGGACUAUUAGACUUCCGGCGUGCUACCUUUUGAAUUCAGAAUUUGGGGAUGGAGGAGACUACCAGACAAAUUUGUUUCCCUACUGAUACUCAAUCUCCUGAUAUCAAGCUUGCUACUCUCCUGCUUGCUACCAUUCAGGAAGCUAAAGACCGGAUUCAGGAAACCAAACACCGGGUUUACCAGAUCGAAUAUGUCUUCCUUACUCAGCUAUACCCCUUAUUACAAUCCAAGUCCGAAACUCUCCAGAAAUUUCAAGAUGAGUGGAAAUCAAAGGAAGCUAAUCUCUUGCUUCAAAUUGAAACACUUCGAGCUGAAAACGAACUAAUCGUUGAAGAGAACCGCUCACUCAAGCUUGACAGGGAAGAGCUGUUCAGAGAAAAGGAAGACAUGAUAAACCAACUGCGAGAUGAAGUGACAGGCCUACAACUAAGGAGUGAUGAGCUGGAACAAAUGCUUGACCACAAGUGUAAGGAAGCCGAUGAGGGAAUGGAAUUGCGGAGUAGGUUGCUCGAAGAGGUUGAAUUGAAAGACAGUGUCAUUGUGAGUAAGGGAAAACAGCUGAAAGAGAGUGAAGAAAGUAGAAAUGUGCUUUCUGCGAAAGUGAGUGAUCUUGAAAAAAGAGCUGAUGAGCUCAAACAAAAUCUGUUCAAGAAGAUUGAGUUACAAGCUUCUGAGAUCGUGAACAAUGAAAAGCUUUUGAAGUAUCGGGAAGAAGAGAAAAAACUAAUGUUGACCAAAUUGAAAAAUGUGGAAGAAAAUGUUAGCCAGCUCCAGAAGGAGCUCCUAACAAAGAAUGAAGAAGUGGAAGAUUGUGCAAGAGAGAAAAAACUUCUUCUGAGAAAAAUGACUGGUUUAGAGGAGAAAGUUAAUGAGCUACAAGGGGAUCUCAGAGGCAGGGCCGGUGAAGGGGCCAAAAGAAGGGGUUCGACUGAAAAUUUACACCAACAGGUUGAAUCAAUAACCGCAGAUUUACUGACCGAGAGGAAGAAGUACGGGGAACUUACUGCUGCUUACAAAAGUCUAAAAUCUCAGCACACAUAUCUCCGCAGCAAAUAUGGUCUUACCAAGGAGAAUAUGCUCCCCCAUAAUAAACUGGAAGAUGAAAGUGAUUUAUUGAGAAAUGAUCAGAAUCCAUCAACAUUCCAUGAUCUUGAAGAUAAAAAUCAACAUGCUUCUCCAGCUGCUUGUAACAUAAAGAAAAUGAAGAAUGAAAUCAGUUUUAACAAUAACUUGAAUGAGGGCAAAGUACAAAAACCAAUUCAAGCAACAAGUCCUUUCUCUUCUACUUCUGUUUCACCCAAAUGUCCUUUCACUGUAAAAUCUGCUCCAGUAGCUGGUAGAAAGCGGUCUGCAUCGUCCUGGAUAGACACGAGAUCCCGCCAAGGCCAAAAUGGGACUGACCCACACGAUGAUUUUCUUGACACCCCGAUUGAGAACGUAAGAGCAAACUUGAAUAGAUCAACAAAGGAAAAAGUUACUGAUCUUCCAGUUCCAGUUCAAAAUGACUCAAAUUUAGGUAGCUCUGAUGAUGAAACACAGGAUGUGACUGCUGAUCAUCCUAGGCUACCAAAGCAGCAUAUGCCAGUUACAGUGGCUGGCAAAAAUGGUUUCAAGUAUGUGGAACCUGUAAGAAAGAGGGCUGAGCGGGAAAAUUUGAAAGGAGUUGAAUGCAAACAGUGCAAAAAGUUUUAUGAUGCUGUUCUUCCAGAUGAUGGUGGCAAGGACAAUGAUAAUAAUAAGCAUGAUUUCCGCUGUGAGCAUCAUGAAGGUGUUUCUCGACACAGGAGCAUAGGAUCGGGGAAAUGUCCCUAUUACUGUAUUAAUGGAGGUUGUCAGCUUUCAGUUUGGUCUCUGGGAAUUCAAACUGGUCUUUGGCACCUAUGGCCUAUGGUCAUUGGUGAGUGGAACUCACUUAUGCUUGUGAAACCAUGUUUAUCUUUGCUAUUAUGCUAGCAAAACCAUACAUACAUUUUUGUUCAAAUUCUUAAAAAGUUGGUUGUGCUUCUUUACUAUUAGGAGAUUGAACCCCAUUGUAUAAACUCUUUGCUAACUUUCUCCUGAAACUUUGAUUAAUUCUUAGUGAUGUUAAAUGGAAAACUCUCAGUACUGGGAGUUUUGGAAGUAAUUUAUUGCCUCCUUUAUAGAUUUGAAGAAGAAAUAUUAGACUGGCAGAAGCAUAGGACUGGGGAUUGGUCCCUUGGUCCCUACUGGUAUAUUUAAGGAGGUUGGUCAAGUAUAGAUUUCGCUGUUAAACUAUUGGGAUACAAGUUGCUAUCAGCUUCAUUUUGGUCUCUGAUAUUAAAGACUGGUCUUGAUCCUUAUGGGCUGUGGGGGGUGAGUGGAGCUCGCAUAUGCUAGUAAAAUCAUGCUUAUAUUUGCUAAUAUAUACUGACUACCGAGAGAAGUAAGGGUCUGAAGUCUGUGGUGGGGCAGUGUCCCAGACCGUCCCUGUGUGCAGAUUAAAUGUGAGAUAAUAAAGGAGGGAGGGAUAGCAGUAGGUAGUCUCAUAGAUCGGUAAUGUAUUGUUGCGUGAGACUUUGACCUCCAACUUCUGCAAUGUUACUUGCUACUACAUAUAUGUGCAGCAUAAAUGCAAUGCUGUGCUAUCAAGACAAUAAUGCAA